AUGAGCAACCUCUGGCCCUCGAGGGCCGCUCAAGACGGGGCACAGGCCCUCACGCCCACCGGAGACGUCGCCGACACGGGAGAGGUUACAGACAUGGCCGGAGAGACCGAGCAACAUGAGCUUCCACCCGUCCCCGCGCCGCCGCCGGCGAGACCUCCCCUCCAGCGCAACGCCUUGCAAGGAGCUCCCCCCGCGGCACCCAUGGCUCCUCCUCCGGCUAAUGGCCCCCCGAAUCCGACCGACUCGCUCUCUCUACAGCAAUUACGCCAUAUCGUCGCCGAGUUCAACCGUUCUGAGCCCGUCGCCUACGACUUUGAGUACACCGACCUGGGCCCGCACGCCGAGGAGAUCGACGAGUGGUUCAAUUAUCAACUACCACAGUGGGUACGACUGAGUGCAGCCCAGCGAGCGUUUAAGUGGCAUUGGCAGCACGAGUUCCACGCCCAGGACGAGUGGGACGACGCCGACAACGACACACGUGCGCGCUUCAUCCAGGCCGCCAUCGCAGGCGUGCAGUCCAACGAUGCCGCGCUGCGGAACGCUUCAAUCGGGAAGCUGGUGUACCUUGUUCUGGGGCGUUGGAACGAUACUGCCAUGUCGAAUGCGACGCCUGGUGAUAGUCGGUCGGUCGCGAGUAAAUCCCAGCUCCAGGCCAUCAAGGCCGGGGUUGAGUGUUUGACGUCUUUGGAGGGUUUGCAUGUCAUAUGGGAAGCCCUCAGAAAUAGCUUUGAAGUGCAUUGGUCAGGAGAACCCCUGGGGCAACUUAACAAUGUUCAAGAAGCACAAGAUGAGUUGAUGAACCUCAUGACUAUCAUGUAUAUUGCCAUACAAGAGACUCUGAGCGAUCCAGAGGACAUGUCCUCCACGCACGGAAAGCUAUUGGAACUCAAGCCCUCGUUGGUCGAUUACAUGUUUACAGCAACAUCAAAACUCCGUUGGGACGAGCAUAACACUAUGCCCCAAACUCAUAUAUUUCUCCUCUUCUGGAAGUCUAUCCUCCUUGUGUUCGGCGGGUCCAAGGAGCUCAAGGCCAUCAAGGAGGCUACCAAUGAGAUGGGCGACAAGGCAGCUGGUAAAGACACCAUCACUGCUUCGCCCCUAGACUAUCACGUCUUCCGCCAAGAGAUCACCUCUAAAUACCCGGCCUAUGUGCCUCCUCAACCAGCCAUCCCAUUGGAAGCAGAUAACACCUCCUUAUUGCCCCCACUGUCCAACCAAGUAUCUAGGAAUAAUGGUGCUAAUGGCAUUAUCCCCGCACCGCCACAGGUUCAAAGCGGAGGAACCUCGAUCCUGGACCAGCCGGUUCAUAUCGCAACUCCAGCCCCUUCACCACCUCCCUCACCAGGCGUUGGUGGGAAAGGCGGCAAGAAGCAGAAUUACCAAACGAACCAGAACUUCCCAUUCAUGUACCCGCCUUUGGAUGCCACCAGUAACAGUGCUGGCGGAAAGGGUCCUGCCGGUCUCCAAAACGCUCUGGUUGGCCGGAAAUGGGAGGGCAGCGAUAUUCCCGCGUCCAUCCUCGAGGCCGGAGAGCUGUUCUCUACGCGGGUGAGGAUGACCCGGGCAACCCGUCAGCUAUGGGAGGAGCGCGAGCGAUUCCUCAAGUUUGAACGUGGAUACGAUAGUAGCGAUGACGAUGACAACGACGACAUUGAGGAUCUCGACCUAAACGAGCUUUCGCUGGAAGAGCAGGAAAUAUUGAAAGAAGUCAGAGCGGAGACAAAAGCGGAAGAGAAGGCCAAGCGUCCAGCAGCUGCUGAACCUGAGAUAGACUACGGCCCUCGGCCGGAAGCCUUGACUGAAAAGGAUAAGCAACGACUUCUUGCUGUGGAGAGGUUUUAUCGCGAUGCUUUGCCUCACCUCCAAUCUUUGGUGAUUGUGCUUCUGCGGCCGAUUCUUCUUAACGUGACUGCGGUCGUCGCGCAACAACCACAACAAGGACCGCCGGGAAUGGGUAGGGGCAACAAUCCUGGCAUGAACGGAGGUCCUGCAGGCAACAGACAACAGCAGCAGCAACAGCAGCAACAACAAGAAUUGCCAGGACAGAAUGCGCCUAGGGUCCCAACUCCAGAACUGUCCCUGGAAGAAGUCGACGCUGCAAGGACACGAGAGAUUACCUCCAAAGCCAUGACUGGAAUUCUCAUCCUCCUACUAAAGUGGCUACGGGUUUCUCAUGUGCUCAAGUUUGAGUACAUGACACAACUACUUCUCGACUCUAAUUACGUCCCUCUCGUUCUUAAGCUGUUCGCUCAUCAGGAUGUACAGCAAGUCGUCGACAGCAAGAUGGACCGAGCUGAAAACAGUUUCUUUCACUUUUGCAACUUACUAUCAAAGUCGAGAGACAAGGCAGCUGCAGAGAUGGAACAAGAUGACGACGAUCUAGAAGAGAGCGAAGACGAAGCAGCGCCCCCGCCGAUCAAGAGACGGCGGUCACCACCCUCGCAACAAAACCAGGAAGAGGACGGAGAUAUGAAGAGUGAUGACCUGUCUUCCACAAGACCCGAGGUUGACGAGUUGGGAUAUCCCAUCAACGCCCUCCCUAUGGAACCUAUUACGGACUUUUCCCGCCGCAACUUUUUCUCUCUCAUCAACUACCUGAGAGUGAUGCAGAAGAUCUGCAAGAACAAAGCACACCGAAACUUGCUUCUCGUGCAGUAUAAGUCGUCGACGAUUCUCCGCAAGUCGCUCAAGGUGCCACAGCCAGAUUUGCGCCUCUACACGCUCAAGCUCUUCAAGAACCAGGUCCCAUACUGCGGCCGUAAGUGGCGCCAGAGCAACAUGAGGGUCAUCACAGCGGUCUACCUGCACUGUCGACCGGAGCUCCGGGACGAGUGGCUCGCCGGUAGCGACGUCGACGCCGAGGUGGACGCGGCCUUGCCGCUGGAGCAGGCCCUCAGGAGUCUGACGCACUGGCUCAACAUUCGACGGUACCCGGAUAAGAUUGCGCCGGAUAUCAGAGCUGCGAUGAGGGAGGAGCAGGACUUUUUCUCGAGGGAGCUUGAAAAGCUGGAUUUGAGCUGGCCGGACCCCGGGGCUGAUGAUGGGAUGAGUGAGCUGGAGCAUGUUGAGGGAUGGUGA